GUAAAAAAAAAAAAUUGUUGCUGUGGCGCAACUAACGCCUUCAAGAUCGAACUUUUCUCGCCAAUCAGACAAUGAACACUCACACAUAAAAAGAAUAAACAGUCCCGGUGAUAGCCCCCAAUGGCGCUGGGGCAGGAAGAAACAUCUUGGCUGUCUUUGAUUGCUUUUGCCUUUCUUCUGCAGAUGUGUUUUCUGCCACCAGGAAGAGGGUUGUCACCCAAACAUGCGCCUGAAGUCGUUGAUGACAGCAAGGACAAUAUUACCUUAUUCACAAGGAUCCUAGACAGACUUCUGGAUGGAUAUGAUAACAGGUUAAGACCAGGCCUGGGAGAAUCAGUAACAGAAGUUAAGACUGAAAUAUACGUCACCAGUUUUGGUCCUGUUUCAGACACAGACAUGGAGUAUACUAUAGAUGUCUUCUUCCGACAAAGCUGGCUGGACGAGCGAUUAAAAUUCGACGGGCCUAUAAAAACCCUGCCUCUGAAUAACCUGUUGGCCAGCAAGAUCUGGACCCCGGACACUUUCUUUCACAAUGGGAAGAAAUCAGUUGCUCAUAACAUGACAACACCCAACAAGCUGCUGAGACUCACAUAUAACGGGACCCUGCUGUACACUAUGAGGCUUACAAUACAUGCGGAAUGCACAAUGCACCUGGAAGAUUUCCCUAUGGAUGUUCAUGCUUGCCCACUGAAAUUUGGAAGCUAUGCCUAUCCCAGUACAGAAGUGGUUUAUGCUUGGACGAAUGGCUCUGACAAAUCGGUUGCCGUAGCCCCGGAUGGCUCUAGACUCAACCAAUAUGACCUGCUUGGCCUGGUGUUAGGGACUGAGACCAUCCGAUCGAGUACAGGUGAAUACAUUGUCAUGACUACUCACUUCCACCUGAAGAGGAAAAUUGGAUACUUUGUCAUACAGACCUACCUACCGUGUAUAAUGACCGUCAUCCUUUCACAAGUGUCCUUUUGGCUCAACAGGGAGUCAGUCCCAGCCAGGACCGUGUUUGGAGUCACCACUGUUUUGACCAUGACAACACUGAGUAUCAGUGCACGGAACUCUCUGCCCAAGGUGGCCUAUGCCACAGCAAUGGAUUGGUUUAUGGCGGUGUGCUACACUUUUGUCUUCUCUGCACUUAUUGAGUUCGCUACGGUCAAUUAUUUCACUAAAAGAGGCUGGGCCUGGGAUGGUAAAAGCGCCCAGGAAGGACAGACUUUCAAGAUAAAAGAACCUAUAAUCCUGGCAAAGAAGUCCAGCACGACCUACAACAUAGUGGGGACAACCUACACACUGAACAUCAAAGAACCGGCCUUGGCCACCAUUGCGAAGAAUGUUGCUCUCCCGCCCCCUCCUCUAUCUCCGCCGCACGCUGAGCUAAAGCCAUUGGAUGGCAAAAAGACUUACAACAGCGUCAGCCGCAUUGACAAGAUUUCACGCAUCGUCUUCCCAGUCUUGUUUGCCAUCUUUAAUCUGGUGUACUGGGCAACCUAUGUCAACCGAGAAUCAUCAAUCAAGGGAAUGAUUCCAAAAUAAUUACAAAAAAAAAGAUUCCUUUUGAACUCCUAACUUUGUGUGGGACGUGUUACCUGUCUCUUCUCAAGGUAUCACAUACUGUUUUUUUUUGUUUUUUUUUGUAAGAUGUCUGAAGGUUCCUACAGAUGUAAAAGAACGUUCACUCGAAGAGUCCAUUAAAAGUCAGGUUGGGGAACGUUCGGAAUUUUGUAGGUCUGCCUUAACUGUGGCAAACAUCCCCUGCCUGAGUCUUUUCAGAGCCUUUUUCCAGAAAUAGGCCGGAGCCAGGGGAUGUCUGCAGAGUGUUACCCUUCCCGCCUCCAUAGGUGCAUACUCGCACAUUUGAUGUGAACGUGCAUGCUUGUUCGGCGAUCUGUGGCCCGGGUCGUGCAUGCACAGCCGGCGGCCAUCUAACGUCUGUAGGCUGCUGAGUUUCUCUCUUUAUUGCUCACUGUGAUAUCUGCCCUUAACAGGGUACUUUGCUUAUUUGUUUUGAGGGCUUAUGACUAGUAGGGUGACCACGUGUCCCGGAUUGCCCGGGACAGUCCCGCAUUUUGCAGGUCUGUCCCGGGCAC